CUUAUAAGUGAGGAAUCGACCGGGACAUCGGUCAGACAUCAACCCCCACCCUAAACAGGCGGAGGCGCUCAUCCAAAAACCAGCAACGAUGCCUCACUCCUUGUUCCCGCUGUGCGUCCUGGGACUCCUUGCCCUCUCCUCCGCCUGUUACAUCCAGAACUGCCCCCGAGGAGGGAAACGAGCGCUGCCGGAGACGGGGAUCAGACAGUGCAUGUCUUGUGGCCCCAGUGACAGGGGCCGCUGCUUCGGCCCCAAUAUCUGCUGCGGGGAGGGCCUUGGCUGCCUGCUGGGCUCCCCAGAAACAGCUCACUGCAUGGAGGAAAACUACCUGCUCACCCCCUGUCAGGCCGGAGGGAGACCCUGUGGAUCUGAAGGAGGACACUGUGCUGCUUCAGGACUCUGCUGUAGCUCAGAGAGCUGUGCGGUGGACUCUGACUGCCUGAGGGAGACCGAGGCCUCAGAUCCAGCCCACGGCUCUGCAGGGAGCUCACCUGCAGAGCUGCUGCUCCGCCUGCUGCACGUGGCCAGCAGAGGACAGACUGAGUACUGACACUGUAUCCGUGGAGGUUCCUCUGCUCCUCAGGUUCUGGAGGUGCAACAGAAAUGCAGAUCAUCUCUGUUCCACUAUCAACCUUGAGAUUCAAACCUUGAACCAAUAAAAUACCAAGUCAAACUUUGUUCUCUCUUAAACCUUUCUGCUAUGCUGAUGCUGUCAAGACGGUUUGCCGUCACAGAUAGAGAUCUAUCUUCAACUCGUUUACUGAUUGGCUACUUCUAUCCAAAUCCGGGGGUCAAGGAAUCAUAGUAACCGAUAUGAAACAUUAGAUUUCAUGUUUGUUUCCACCCUAGAAAUGUAUAUACUAAUGCACAUACUGUAAACAAUGUUUGAUCUAUAUGAAGGAAAUUAGACACCUCAGUGCUCCAGUUCCAAUGAGUGAGUUUUAGAAGAAAACACUGUAAAUAAGUCAGAGACUGGAGAUAAACGUUGCUAUGGACAUCCAUGUGUAACAGCUGAAUGAUAAUGCUUGAGCAACUACUUCUUGUGUAUUAGAAAUGGUAUUGUACGUUGAAAAUGGAAAAAACAAUACAGACUGUAUCACUGCCAAAAUGA